AUGAGCGUGGAGACGUUAAUCCUGCGAAUGUCUUCGGACUCUGAGGCGUCCUCUGCGCCCGAGUCUCCGGCUGUGGACUCGACUCCCGAGAGCGCUCCGUUCCUAGCCGAAGAGGCUUAUCCACUUGUCCUGGAAGCGCUGGUAUCGACUGGCCUGGGGGAACAGAUUUGCUUAUCCGAGGACAACAUUGGGGAGAUAUCACGUGUAGCGAGCAAGGCACUUUUCACGCCCGGCUCGGUGUUUACGCAGUUUCUGGUUGUCCCCCGGGUCGAAUGUGCCAUUUCGGUCCUUUUAUGGCGGUUACGAGUUUCAUCGACCUGUGCCGAGGGACACUCGGCCCUCGACUUGCCAUCGAUCCCCGCCCACGUACUGGCAAGCAGUCUGUCUGGACUGUUGGACAACACCAAGCUGUACAAAGGGACCAAACAGCACCCUGUGCCUGUCCGGAGACUUGUACUCGACUCCCACCACCACCAACAGUCCCACUUGCUGCCUUCGCCUGUCACAGCCACUCCGGUGUCCACCUCGCCUUCUCCACCGAGGCCGGCCCUGCUCCAGACGCCCAUGACUCCUCCAGACUCGGUCGCAGGUGAUUCGACACCAGUCCCAAAUGGACUCCCGACUCACAAGAAGAGCAUCAAAUUUCGGCCCCCGCCAAUCAUCACACGCACAACUCCUGGUCGAAAUCCAAAGAGCGCCGGUACUGGCCCUCUUGCUCUGAAUUUUGCCGCUGCGGCCUUGGCCGAGUAUCAGAUCGAGCCCUUGGACUAUCAGCCUACUCAUGACACCGAGAGUCCAGCAGACAAACUUCCUCCGCCAUCUCCAUCCAAAAUUCCUCCUCCUUCGCCAUCCAAACUUGCUUACCUCAGUAAGAUCCCGACCACACCAUCCAACAUCGCUCCUCCUCGUAUCCCCUCUCGCCCAGCCUCGCCCACCAAAUCAGGCCGAUCCCGCUCCAGACCUCCGUCCCCAAAUCCACCCAGACCGGCUUCACCCACAAAGCGCCUCAAGAAACCUCCACCUGGCGUCAAGCGCUCCAAAUCCCUGACCGGCAAGUCCAAAAAGCCCAAAGACAAGGACAAGGAAAAGGAAAAGGAGAAAGAAAAGGAGAAAGACACGACCGAUGGGAGACCCAAUUCGUCCAUGUGGACUCCCGCAGGGGUUGAAGCGCAUUACCGAAACGACUCGAGUGUGCGAACCUUGGCGUUGGGUGCGUUGACGGCUCGGAUCGCGACUGAGAGCGGGGAGCUUUCAAGUUCUGUGACGAGCGGGGGAUCGACACCGCUCCAGAGUGGAGUUGGGACACCUCUUCAGAGUGGGGUCCCGACGCCUUCUGCGAGUGUGAUGGCCACUCCUAUUUUGACCGGCGCGAUCAUCACCCCGUUUGAGCCUGAGCCCGAACCCGAGUCCGAACCUGAAGUCAAACCUGCGUUGGAGGCGCAUAUUGAGGUGGAGGCUCCUACGCCUUGUGCUUCCCCCAAACCGUCUGUGAAAUUAUCGGUUCUAUCGGCGGAGGAUGUCUGCUCGUUUACUGAGCGAAGCGAGGAAGAUACCGUUGAAGCUUUGGCACCAUCUACAUCAAGACAGAAUUUAGGGGUUUCCCCUUCACGAGAACAUCUGGUACCGUCUGGGUCCAGAGACCAUCUAUCACCCUCUAGAUCAAGAGAGAAUAUAAGUUUAUCAAAUUAUUCGCAAGAAGAACUAGCCCCACCUCGAACUCCGUCCCCCUCCCGACCCAAACGAGUAUCCAUAUCCUCGGACCCACGCACGCCCUCGCCCACCCGUUCCGUCUUUCCAGGUUCGAGCUUGCACGUGCUUCACUCCCCCGACUUGUUACGUUCGCCGGUGUCGAGUAUGUAUCGGAUGAGCGCCAUGGGUAGCCCGAGUCCGGGGAGGGACGGUUCGCCUAUUCCCAGGUCGAUUUUGAGGAACUCGCUGAGCGGGUCUCCCGCUCCGAGAAACGAGCUGCUCAAGCGCGCUACUUCUCCCUCUGGCUCCACUCGUUCGCGGACCAUCUCCAUCAGCGGCGCGAGCCUCGUGCGCAGUCGAACACUCAGUGGCGCAAGCCUAGUUCGCAAUAGGACCGUUAGCUCUGGCGAAAGCGUCCGACACCGAACCCUCAGUUCGAGCGAGAGCAUUCGUGUUGAGCGGACGAGAACGACGAGCGAUCUCGGUCGGACGAGUGAAGAGGGCAGUUUGCAUAGUGUCCAGCGCGCGAGUAUCGAGUCUGCCCAACGCGCCAAACUCGAGAGUCCUGUCCGUACGAAUCUCGAGUCUGCGCGACGGAGGGCUAGCAUUGGGCGCGGGAAUAGCUUGGAUAGGCGGGUCGGUAGGGAGGACCGGUACCAAUUGAGCGUUCGCGUCGAGGAUAGACACCAGGCAAGCCACGAGGACAAAAACCGAAUGAGCGUCGACAUGGACGGAAUCACCAUCAUGGCCGUUAGUAUCGCCGACGCGACGCCCGUUACGCCUACCCCCAGACGCACAGCGUUUAAUCUCGACGCGGACGACUUUCUCACCCCUGUGAAAAGGGCCGGGUCUCCUGGUGCGAUGUCCCUCGGAACCGGAACACCCGGUACAAUUUCCACGCCUGGUGCUAUACGUACGCCCUUGGGAGCGAACACUCCUGGAGCGAUGUCCAUCGGUACGGGUACCCCCAACGCCCACCUCGGCGUCUCACCAGGCCCCUCGUUCCACUUGUCCCCGGGCGCAAUGUCCAUCUCGACCGUUCCUUCGCUCUCCCCGUUUCCAGAGUCCGAUGAUGGCGAUUUCGGGUUUAGAGACGGCGAAGAGGAGAAGACUGUUACCGCUCGCAUGCCGCCGAGGGCAGAGAGUCCUACGAGACGCGCGAACCAGAGUCCGUCGAGACGGGAUAGCCAGAGUUUGACUCGGCGAAAUAACCCCAGCCCCACUCGACGAGAUAACCAGAGCCCCGUCCGGCGACCCGAAACUCCCCCCAAGCCCAAACGACGACCACUCCCUCCGCCUCCGCAAGGCAGUCCGACUCGAAAUGUAGCCGCUCUGCGUCCCUUGGCGGCCAAUCCGCCCGUACGUAACAGGCCAGUCAGUCCGCCCAUGAAUGGUCGGAGUACUCCUGUUACGGGCCGAGGUACCCCUACUCGCCAGCUCCAAGGUACUCCUACGAGGCAGCACCCCGGUAUACCACCCCGCAGUUGGACAGAUUCGCCCUCGCGUGCUUCAACCUCUACACACCAGGCGAUCGGAGUUCCCAUGACCCAAGUGUCUUCCAGGCCACGGACCUUGUCUACUCAGACUCGUGGCCAACAGGUCGAGAGCGGGGUCUCCGAGAGCGAACCCGAGUCGCUGGCCUUUCCCGGCAGUACAUCCACAUUAUCUCUCCCCGGGGACGUCAGCCUAUCCGAAGUGUCCCCCUUUACUGCCCCGAAAGAGCUGGAAAGUUCGAGCGAGAGCGAGCGUCCCAGUCCAUGGAUCGGUCCGGGCGUGACGUCUUCCCCCUGGGUCAAUCCUCGCGCGUCGUCUUCGAGUUCAGGUUCACCUUGGAUGGGAACGAACAGCAUCGAGUUGCUUGGCGGGAGCGGGAUGUUGAUGAAUUCGAGUUUGCCCAAGCUUACGGAGAGUCCGAGCCCGAGGAACAGUGCAGAGACGACUCGGCCAAAGGGUGGUAAACAUUCGAGAAACGGUUCGAAUUUGGGUCAUUCGAGGGCGGGGUCUACCGUCGGACAUGAGCGCAAUGGGUCUGCUACCGGACACGAGCGCAACGGGCCUGUUGUUGGGCACGAACGCAACGGAUCGAGUUCUCGUCCUGGGUCGUCUGUUGGGCAUUCUCGUCCCGGGUCAACUAUGACCCACUCGCGCACCGGCUCAUACACCACCCCGGCGAUAUCCCGCUCGGACGUGAUGAGGCUUGUUGGCCGAGGCGACUCGUUUGAUUCCAGUCGCGAGGAGCCGACUUCGCCACGACCGUCUGCGCUCAGCACUGUUGCCGAAUAUAACCAGCCCAAACCUAUUUUUAUGGUCCCUGGUGCGGAUCCGGCCAAGGUGUCGAGUACGUCGAGGCCCAAGAGCAUGGCCCAUGUCGAGGAGGAGCAGUCGCUUCAUGGGCGGGUCGCAAGCGAGGACAGCGAAGAGUCCGUGAUCCUUAAUCAGGACGGGCAGGCGAUGGUGCGGACCACUGAAGUUGGAGUCGGAGCUGGACGAGCGAGGGUGCAGACCGGGGUUGGAAUUGGCGUGAGUCGGUCAAGAGGCGGCAGUGUAAUCAAGUCCAAGACGGACAGCGGACUACGAAAACGAGUGGAUAGCGGCAAGAGCGAACCUCGGGCCAGGGCGGACAGUACUAAAUCCAAUGAAUCCAGGCCGAGAGUAAGCAACGUGCCCCGGCCCAAGAUUGAGAAUGUGCGUCGCAAGCCCGUCUCGAGUGGGUCUCAGUCUCCCGUGACUGGCUCUCCAGCGACACCUACUUCCGCUUCGACUACUUCCGCACGUCGAUUUUUGGUACGCAAGGCAUCUUCUGAAGCGCCCUCUCGUACGCGCAAAACCUCCAAUGCAUCGAUGCGCAAGAGCUCAACGUCCUCGUUGCGUUCAACUCCGCACACGACCGUGUCGUCUCCCUCGGCGCGUAAAUCGACCCGUACGACCUCGUUUUCCUCUGGGGCCUCUACACCUCGGUCAAAUGGCGCACUUAGCCCGCGUAUGAGGACUGCGUCUGGAAGCGGCAACGCGACGCCAAAAGCAGGCACCCCUCGGACAAGUAUAUCUUCUGGUCGCAGCAGCAUUGCGUCCCCUAAAUCGAACUUGGUCAAGUCUAGCACUAGCCCUCCCAAAGCCGCCCCUAGUACGGCUACUCCCAAGGCGGCCCCGCGGCCAUUGCCUCCUAGGCCCGGCCCUCCCCCAGUUCGCCCUCAGAGAUCUGCGCUUCGACCCAACCUUCGUGCCUCGGUCACUAUUCCGCCUGCUCCUGUUCCUUCCUCAUCAGCGACUACUACGCCUACAUCCUCUGGCCCACCUCGUACCCGUGCUGUGACCAUGGACGUCCAGCCUACCUCACCUACCCACGCCGACCCCCGCCCCAGACGUACAACAUCCAUCUCGUCCAAACCACCCCCUGUAUCCCGCUCAGGCAUGUCGAGUGCUCCUACAGCCCCAACUCCCAUAGUAUCUCGCCCCAUGAACCGAACUUCUGUUCAUUCCGGAUUAGAGCAUCCGAGCAACGAUGUGCCCUUCCCGAGCCCAGAGUCUAAACAUAGCCUCCAGGUACCUGAGCCGCAGCCGUUGAAACGUUCCUUGAGCGUCAGCUCCGCGGCCCGCAAACUUGUCGGUCGCACACGGUCCGGUUCGCCCGUUCCUCCUACUCCACCAGUCGAGACAGCUUCCAUAGCCCAGUCCACCGACGCUUCCUCUAUCGAAAAGUCGCCCCAAAAGGGUACACGUAGUUUGAGCCGACUUGCAUUCUCGGCUUUGCUUCCUAAGCGGGGCUCGAACAAUGCUGCUGCCGAGGCAAAGGCCGCGCUUGCACAGGCUAAAGCGAGGGAAGUCGCAGAAGCCAAGGCCAGGGCCAAAGCUGCGGUCGAGGACGCUAAAGCUCGUGCUAAAGCCGAAGCCGAAGACGCCAAGGCUGCCCGUGCUGUCAAGUCCAAGGAGGAAAAGGAGGCGAAAAAGAGCUCGAAACGCUUUGGUCACGGCUUCUGGAAUGCUGUCUUUUCUCAGCAAUAUUUCCCUCUUAAUGUGCAAAAUCCGCCUGGUCCUAAUUACCUUAUUUCACCCGAGGAGCGGAUUAAUGCCGCCUCGAGGUUAGAUCUGUAUAUCACCAGACUCAACUGGGAUGGUAGCCCUCCAAGCCCAGUGGCGGUCUAUGAAGGCAAAGGCGCCACCGCAGGGGAUACUUGGGAUUCUAUUCGCCGUCAACUCCACGACUAUGGACAGGCUAUAACUACCCAAAUGCCGAGAAUCCCGGGCGUAUAUCUGAUUGGCGCCAAAGGCCAAUCUGCCUGUUUCUGGUUUUACAAAACGGGAUAUUAUACUAACCCCUUGCCGAUAUUGGUUCAGUCGGGAAGUAGAGUGAUAGUGAAGGACAGUUCUCAAUUGCCUCCUGUAUCUGAUGUUGGUACUGGCUUCCCGGAUAUUGAUGAUAUUCUGCGAUUUAUUCGUGUUACUCCUGAUCCCCAAGUUACUAGAUAA